AUUACUCAGUAGCUUUGAAUUGUAUUUGAAUUGCAGAUUUUAUGAUUCAAUCACUUUUUGCAUGAAACUAGUAACUGAAAGUUUGGAAUAAAAAGGAGAACAAAGGGGAUGAUUUGCGUUCUAAUUCAGUCGAGUUGAACCAAAAAGCACAGCACAGUGCAGUACCCACCGGAAUUACAGAUUUUUAAUAUUUUCUCUAUUUUCUGGACUUUCCCUGAGUUUGGUGAAACCUGAAAUUGUGGCCACAGCCGUUAAAAAGUGCCAGUAAACAUAAAUCUUCUCAUCUAUCUCAGAAACAUCUGAGGUUGCACAGGGUUAACAGUUUGUUCCUUUGUAUUUAGGAAUGACUGGUAUGUGUCAGCCAAAGACAGCUACUUUGAGAGUGGAAAUUCUGCAGGCUUUCCAUAGAUGAUACACAUUGGCCAAAAUAAAACUGCUUUUACUAGUUGCAACCACUGCCUGGUGUCAACGUGUUUGUCUGUGAAUGACAGGCAAAUUGGGUGUGACCAACUUGGCAUAGAUAUUAAGAACACAUGCACCGCACAGUCAACUGAAAAAACAGCAGAAAGGCAGACGGUUGAUGGUUGUUUCGUCCCUGAAACGUAAUUUUGAUAUCUGUCCUUGCUGCGUGUAGAUAUAGUGGAGGCGCUAGAGGGACGUUACGGAAGAAAUGGAGGUGAUCACGGCGAGGAUGGGAUGGGUGGACCCUGCGUUAGAGCGGCUGUUUGACUUGCAAAGCAGGCGUGGGUGCUCGAGGACCGGUCAUUGAGAGAAGGCCCUUCCCUGAAAGUGGAGCGCGUGCAGGGAAACAGACAGUUACUGCGCUGCCUUGUGCUGGGCUGCGGGCCUUGUCACCCAUAGGCAUGAAUUAGUGAUAAGGAAUGUUUCAAGCCAUGAGGAGGUGUCAGGAUCAGACAGGCAGACGCACAGACGGCAGGACGGAUACACGGGUGGGGGCUGUGCUAGGCGGCUCGGCGGCAGGCUGGUGGAAGAUGUCGUCAGGAGCUGGUGGGAGGGGCGGAAGGCAGCUCAGGGGGACAGCAAGCGGCGGGGGCGGAGGAGGGCGAGGAGGGCCGGGAGAGGCGGAGGAAGGCCCCGUGGGGAUCCCUUUCCCCGAGCACAGCGCCGACAUCCUGGGCAGCCUGAACAAGCAGCGGCUCAGCGGCCUGCUGUGCGACGUGCUCCUGGUCACUCAGGACCAGGAGUUUCCUGCUCACCGCUCCGUCCUGGCCUCCUGCAGCUCAUACUUCCACAAGCUCUUCACUUCAGGUGCCGCUGCCGACCAACAGAACAUCUACAACAUCGACUUUGUGCCAGCGGAGGCUCUGGGAGCGUUGCUGGACUUUGCCUACACAGCCACAUUGACAGUCAGCCACAGCAGUGUGGCGGACAUCCUUGCCGCUGCUCGCCUCCUGGAGAUCUCACCUGUCCAGGACGUCUGUACUCACCUGCUGGACACCAAAGUGCUCUCCCCGCCGGCGGGCAAUGAGCAACGAGAUGAAGAUGAAAAUAAGGAGGGAAAGGGCAGAGGGGGCAAGGAGCAGGGGAACCGGGUGCGGGCCCGGGAGUACCUGGAGUACUUCCAGAGAGGGGCCCCCUGGAGCAGCAGCUGCAGCACGCCAGAGCUCAGGGACCAGCCUACACACCUGCACUUUAACCACGGCAAUGGCCCCAGCAACGGGGCUCCUGGUGGCCCUGGUGAGUACUUCUCCCCCCUGGCACUCGCAUUGGCCCAGGCCCCAACGCAGGAGCCAGAAGAAGAGGAUGAGGAUGACGAGGAAGAUGAGGACGGGGAGGCAGUAGAGGGGAAUGGAGCGAGCCUGGGGUCGUCUUACUACCCCCCAUCCCAGAAUGGGCACUUGUACCUCCCACCUGACUCAAGGCUGGGGCAGGAGACCGAAGUGGAGGACAGUGGUAGGGAGGCGAUGGCGAGGGAGAGAGGUUCAGCCAGUGCCCUCCUGCAGCAGAUGAUGGACUCCAUCGAGAGGCAAAAGGAGCGCGCAACGACCGGGGAGGACCUAGGAGAUGGGGACGACCCAGACAUGGAAUUUUACUUGAAUUAUUUUAACAGCACACAGCAUGAUGAUACAUCUUCUGCUGCUGUGACACAUGGUGUGCCGCCACUCUGGUUAUCACGGGGCAGUACUGGCCAAGACAGAGUAGUAGGAGAGAGGGUUGUUGGAGAGAGAGGCGGCGGGGGUGGAGGAGGUGGAGGAGAGAGGAAGAUGCGCUCUAAGGCCUUCCAGAAGUGCCCCAUAUGCUCCAAGGUCAUUCAAGGAGCAGGCAAGCUACCCCGCCAUAUCCGAACGCACACGGGAGAGAAACCCUAUGAAUGCGCCAUCUGCAAAGUGCGCUUUACCAGGCAGGACAAGCUCAAGGUUCAUAUGAGGAAGCAUACAGGAGAGAAGCCUUACCUGUGUACGCAAUGUGGAGCCGCCUUUGCUCACAACUACGACCUGAAGAACCACAUGCGUGUACACACAGGCCUGCGCCCCUAUCAGUGCUCAAGCUGCUUUAAGACUUUUGUGCGCUCCGAUCACCUGCACCGCCACCUCAAGAAGGACGGCUGCAACGGCAUCCCCUCUCGUCGAGGUCGAAAGCCUCGGAUGAGGGAGCCAGGGCACCUUGAGUCCCCGUUGGGUCUGCUGAGCCCCGGCUCCGACACAGGGCCUGCGCCUCGUACCAUCAGGGGACGACGGCGUUCAGAGGCAACCUCAGCGGCGGAGAUGGGGGGGGUAGCUGGAGCUCAUGCACACAGUCCUCAGCUGCAGGAGUUGGCUGGGGAGGCUGGGCCCUGAGACUGCAGGGGCAUCAAGGACACUGCUGGAUACCAUAGUCACUCUGCACUGCCUGUGAGACAGGCCAGUGAACAGAGGAGAAAAAAGACGCAAAGAGAGACUUAAAAAAAAACAAUUUAACAACUAACUAUUCCUCUAUAAACCAAAUCAGGGUGUCACAAAAAUCUAAUCUUUAUAUUUCUUUCUCCUUUUACUUUAGAAAAGAGUAGACUUGCAAGCACUUGAGUCCGUGUAUCUGUUAAAGAGCAAAGAACGCUUCACAUCAUACACCCAUGACGUCCACUUUCUGGGCCAUUUCCUUCUUUAUAAUAUUAGGGGUUUUAUACAUUGGCAUAUGGGCUUAGGCAAAUGUAUAAUAGAUACGAAGAAACUCUGAACAACUAUGCAGUUGAUUUAGAUUUUUAUUGGUUUUGUCCUCACAGCCUUCAAGCUCUAAGCAAGGUGUCUGUCAAGCACCUUCUGGCUGCUGUACGGGUGAAGCGAGGACAAAUCCUCCCGGUGAAAACAACUCUUUUUCUAUUCUUUUGCAGGUCUGAAAUGUACAGUUACCAUAGAAACAACAUUGCCACAAUAUGGCAUAUGCAAGGAAAACUCACCACAGUUUUGAUGCAACAGUUUUCUCUCUCUAAAUGUUCCAGAAAGACUCAGACGAGGGUUUGAUUGAAGUGUUACUUACUCUAUGAAAUGCAUUUUAAGAAUCUAAGGUUUGUCUGAUUGAAAAACAAAUUCACCUUGAGUCGAAUCCACGUUAAUGGGGACUCGUCAAUUGCAGGACUAGGGAAAAUGAGGGGUGGGGGGAUUGUGUUUUAAAAGCACUACCAUUGUCAAUGUGUCUGUUGGCUUGACUACAUGGCCUCUUAUUCCUCACAAUUCUGCAAUUUCAGCAUUUCUGUUUUCCCUUUUGAUUUUGUCUUAAUUUUUUUUUUUGUCGUUCCUUUUUGUUGACUGCUUCGGGUACUUGACACUUUAUAAUUGUAUACAUGUAUAUACAGCAGGUGGUAAAUAUGACAUUGUCCUUUCUUAAUGCUGAGGUGUACUUACCAAUCGGGUUUUUUCCUCUUAGGCUUGAUGUCAUAUUUCUCAAAGAGUGAAGCUUGCGGGUGAACGGAAAAAAAACUGUAUGAAUGUUUGAUGAAACAAAAAAAACAUAAGUCACCCAUUUGUCCUAAUCACUUGACAUGUAUAGUUCCUGCCCAAAGGAUGAGGAGGUCGAUCGAAUGAAUGUGCUUAACUGCAGUUUUUCGGAAUCUGUCCUUGUGUGACAAGGCGCGGGUAGCAUUUAACCAACCGCAGGUUAAAAGAAAUGGCAGGGAGCCCAAGUGAGAGAGUGACAAAGAAUACGAAGAAGAAGAGAUAGAUGAGCACCUUUUUUUUUCUAUGUUUGCACAGCUUUACUAAAGAUAUCCAACCGAGCGAGAGAAAGAGAGAGAGGUAUAUUUAAAGGAAGUGGGCUGGUGUCGGGGAAGGAGCGAGAGCAGGUUUAUGUAUCAUGCUUAUUCCAAUUCUUUUGCCCUGGGGACCACAAAACCGUGAGGCAACCUGUAUGAUGAAGAGAGCAAUAAAUACCUGUCCAAGUUGGGAGGCCAAAUAGGAGCGCAGCUGCAGCUGGUUGGUGGGGGGAGGGGAACAAGGGAAGGGAAGGGGAGGGGGAUCUCACAAUGUCUGUUGCAUUCCAAAAAAUAAUCUCCCCCAGCUCAGCCACGUUUCCAGGCAGGAGGGGAUCAAAUCAGGCCUUUUCUCUCCCUCGCGCUCCCUCUGUAGUCCUCUAAUGCCCCCGAACCAGCCUGGAGGGGAUAUUAUUAUAUUAGAGUCUGGUGUUGCUGUGGGUAGGACGCCUGGUACUGGCAGUUUAGUGUGCGAGUGUGUUUACAUGUUCGUGUGUUUGUGUGCAUGUGUGUGUGCGUGGCAGCCAGGGUCCCUCUGGCCACAUCAUCACUGUGUGAGUCAGCCACAGCCUGUUCAAACAUGCACCCUGAGCUGCCAGCCCCAAUGCACUUUCUCUGCCUCACACACACACACACACACACACACACACACACACACACACUUGCUGAGUGCAGGUAUCCUGUAGAGAAUGGGAAAACACCAGAGCUGACAUAUCAGUUAGAUAUUGUCAGUGACUCCCUACAUCUGGAUUUGUCCAUUUUUAAAUCUCUAGCUGUGUUUUUGUUCUCCAAACACAACAUUAUUUCCAAAGCCAGCACACUGAGCCUUUGAAUAUAGAGGAGAUCACGCAUAUGGGUUUCGAGCCUCCCCCUAUAACUUAAAUAGUCGUGCUGUAGUUCAACUACCAGUCCCCUUUUGCACCUUAAUUGGAAAGAGGCAGGUUAUGAAUGCACUUUGUUCCUGAGGAGGGCACUUUUGUCAACAAAACGGGUACUUCAGAAACAAACCAGUUGCAAAUGAGAUAUGUCCUUUCUUCUGCCCAUGGGGUUGAAGUCAAGCUCCUUUGCUGGUUCUUUUCAGUUUUUGAUGACAAGCUGCCAAGAAAACGAAAAAAAUGUAAACCUUAAUUAUGCUAAAUCAGAUCUCAGAAAAAGAAGCCAGACAGGUUUCAGCUACAAACAUGUUGAGUGUUGUGACUUUACAAAUGACUAAAUUAAUCCAUGUGACUGAUUGCACUUGAAGUUAGUUGUCAAAAAAGAAAUCUAGUGAGUGGUUUUUAUGUCUUAAUGUUAAGAAAGGGGGAUGGAAGGAUGAGGGAGACGAAAAAGAAAGUGUACGCUGUGUGUGUCUGUGUGUGUGUGUGUGUGUGUGUGCGUGCGCGUGUGCGUGUGCACAAGCAUGCAAUGCUGGCUGGCAGGCUGGAGGGUCUCAGGACAAGCUUGGAUAAACAAACUUCGUGUCUACCCCAUCUGUUCACCAGCUCCUCUCAUAACUACACAUGUUCUCCGAGGAACCACAGUGAUAAUAGGUCCACGGUACCACACAAGCAAAAAAAAGACCAUAUUGUAAAACAACUCAUUGGACAGUGUUGCUUGUUUACUUCACAGCUCCCUCGGUGCACAUUUGCACAACUCUUCGUUUACUCUUGUUGGUCAUUGUCAGAGGUUGGCGAGGUCUUCGCAGUUUGAGUUUCUAUUUUUGCUUCUCUGUUAUGACAAAGACAGGGUUUAUUAUUGCACAGUUUGGCUCCUACAGGCAGACCAAUGCAACCUGGGUAAAUCGACCUGCUUUGUGAUCUUCAUGUAUAGUGGUACUCGCCAUGCACUCCUUAAAACCAUUUGAUGUGGCAGAUUUUUUUUACCUGUUGAGACCUGUGAGCCAUCUUAAACACAUGUUCUGUUGGACCUUCAUAUUUGCCCCAAAUGUCUUAUGUUGUUUGUUGAUUAACCAAAGCUUUUUGCCCUCGAUCUUAGUCUCUAUAGACUAGAAAUAUUGAAAGUAUGUCUAUAAUUUAUUCAGACUGGGCCUCCCCUGACUUAGCCACACACAGAUGCCCUCUUCUUGGAUGCAUAUGCAGAAAUGUGUGUGGAAUCAUGCAGACAUUUACUUGAGUUCACUUUCCCUCGCUCUUUGUAUGUGGACGAUAGAAUCAGAGGCUUAAGGAUGUAUAGUUUGUUUCUGUCUACACUCGUUUUUUCUUAAAGUAACGUGUUGUGCUACAGCUGUUUUUUUCUAACAAUUUUACAUGGCUGUGCAUGUAACUGCGUGGGCGUAUGUGUUUGAGUGUGUGAGUGUGUGUAUGGGGGGUGGGAAGAGGUUUUUUGUUGCUGUGCCAGGAGGGUGGGGUAAAUGGGUGCAUGGGUGGGGUUAUGGAUAUAAAGCCUGAUAGCACUGGAAAUGGUGCUUUAGCUGAGAGAGCAAAAGUUUGCACUAAUGUUAAAUGUCCUUGUCCUGCUUAUGGGAGAAGGGCAGGAGACCUCAGAGAGGCCUGCGAGUUUCCAUGAGCACGGAGCUGCGUGGUGAACUCACUCAAUGGUCUCGUAAAAAAGUCCAUCCAACCCCCUCCGUAGAAAUAAUCAUGUACAGUAUAUUAAAGAAGUACACAGACGUCCAACAACUACAAAUACCAAAGGAAAACAUGGCUUGCAUUCAAGUCAUUGUACGUUUUAAAGCUACCAAUCUAAUGUUGGAUUAAAAGAGUUUUAUUGUUGAAUCUGAAGUCUCUUGAAAAGAGAUUCUGGAUGUAGCUUCUGAUGGAAACUAGAAAUGAUGGGAAAACAGAAAAUCAUAUUUGCUCUUUGUAUUUAAAUAUAUUCCAAAUAAAAAACAUUUAGGCACUUAAACAGUAGCAAAGCCUCUCGAAAACAUUUAAAACAUUUGAGUUGCUCCUGAUCUGAUGGCUGAGAUGUAGCGUGUGGCGAGAUAUUGAUUCCAACUUGUUUUCAACUUAAGAGAUGGGAUUUUUAUUUGUUUUAUGUUCAGUGAAAUGACAUAAUGAUGAUUACAACUAUUGUUAAACACUGUUAAUUUGAUCAUCACUAAAAUGGAUGAUUUCAUUUUUUGAAAAGGUUGAAUUGAAGUCUAAUGUUCUCUAAUUGAAGCAGACUGGGACUUUGUUGCCUUGCCUGAGCAGCACUAAGCUUUUUUUUUUUGUUUUCCUUGUUUACCACACAGUGGUAUUGUGCAGUGUGGGGCUGAGGCUCGCUCCCACCAGGGGCCUUAUCUGGGCAGGGGCCGAUAAAACUCGCACCCUCUCCUUUUCUGUUCACCUUGAUCUUUGUUUUCUGCCCAUAACUUAGGACCAAAAGUUUAAAAGCUGAUUGGAUUGGUUCUGAAAUUGAUCAUUUUGUCAUUUGAAUUUGAAUUUAUUAAUAACAAAGUCGUAGUCACUAGAUCAGAGCUGCGUCUCCAUCAGCAUCUAUGGCUCCAGAACUGGUGAGUCCCCAGCCUCAGCCCCAGACCAAGGUCACUGCCACAGUCUCAGAGGUGAUUUCAAUUUGACCUUCAUGUUUUUUUUUCUUUGUUGCUAUCAAAGACUUUUGGUGAAUCUAUCUGAGAAGGCCAUAAAACAAAGACGACCAACAAUGAUGUGAUAACAAUGAUAACUGUAAAUAAUCAAGCUGAAGCUGGACAGGAUGACUGUUAUUACAGCGAUCUGCAAUGACGGCAGAAGUGGGACUUGUUAGCUUUGCUUCAUCAUUCUGCCGCAACACCUGAUUUCUCUGUGUUUUCCGUCAGGCUCUCCAUGCACACCAAGCUGAGUGCAGCAUAUGCAGUACGGCCCCAUGCGCAGCGUGGCUCUGGCACUUACACAGACAGCCCUGGGUCCUUCAGAGGCUGGCUGCUGUCUGUUGGCUGCUCUCAGCCAAGUGGGGACAGUUUGCACUUGGAGUCUCUCUCAGUCUGGAGGGAUUCGGAGGUUUAGCGUACAGGGAGGAGGAGGAUUUAAUACGGGUGGUAGGGGAAGGCUGGAUGUUGUUUUCAGGGAUGAGGUUGGAAAGCCCAGGUGAUCGACUAUUUAUUGAGCUAUGGUUCAGCGUUGCUCCUCUAAGCUGGUAGGAAUUGCAUGGCCACAGUGUGAUGUGAAUUGCAAUAGGAGGUCACCACAUUGGAGAACUGCAACAAGGAGAAUGUUGCUGAUCUCUUUUGUCUAUAUGUAAGUUCUUCUCAGGUGGAAAAUACACUGCUAUGCAUCGGUGUCCGCUCAGUUUGUGGUUGUCUCAUCACCCCCCCUCUCCGUCUUUGCCUUUCUUCUUCAUACCAAUAUUGAACAUAAUCCUUCCCAAAAAGAUUAACAGCGGAACACGUCCCUCAUUGAUAAUCUAUUAAAGUUAAAUAUAUAUAUAUAAAGAUAUAUAGAUCCAGGGUUUGUUGGAGGGAAGGAAGCUGCUGGAGAUUCAGUCUUAAAAGUCCGACCGUAAAAGUUUUUCUGAGAGGAGUUGGGUUUGGAAAAGCACAGAUGCAGAGCGUUGUAUGUUCUCUCACUUUCUUCUCCCAUCGCUCUUCCUCUCUGUGGACUCGGAGUCUCCAUCUCUGCUGCCGACUGGCCUUCAAUCAAAGAUCAAACCCCCUCAGCAGGGGAAUCAGCGGGAGGGGAAGGGGAUUGGAUAAUGUCUGGAGGAAGACUGCAGUUUCAGUUUUCAGUCACCUUAAACCAAUUUUUAAGAUACAUUCCAUUACUUCAUACUAUUGAUCAUCAUAUAUUUGGUGAUCUUGGCAGGUGGAAAGGAUGAGAGCUGGAGACGACAGUCGGCUGUUUCAGUCCGUCUGUCUGUGCUCACUAUCCCACUACUACGAGACUGACAGACAGUUCAAAAGGCCCUCGGCGUACUGCUAUCCAACUGCCUUUUUUCAGCUUCUGCGAUUGUAACAAAAAGCACUUUGCGAAAGGCCAUCCUGAAUUUUGUGUGCUUUUAUUUUAAGGUUAUCACUAUUGUUAUUAUAUUGUUGAUCCUGUUGUUUAUUUGUUUGUUUGUUUUGUCUUCUCAGUGCAGAUGAUUAUUUAAAUGCAAAAAAUAAUAAUAUGAUUAUGGAAAAAAAAAAAGAAAAAAACUUGAACAUUUUCUAUCUGGAUUGAAGGUGGUUUGAGCUGCCACCUCAUCUGAACAUAAACAAACACAUCUCUGUUAGACCACCAUAUGCAGCUGUUGCAUAGUCACACAAUGGUGGUGUUGGGGGGGGGGCGAUGGAUCUGCCCCCAUACCUGCUCUCUGCUCACUAUCUCAGAUCUUGUCCGGGGGUAAAGGUCAUUCAAGCUCAUUUUGGGAGACUCCUUUUCUUGAAAAGAAACCUGUAUAAGAGUUGCAAAGCUUUCUGAGAAGGCUAGCUGUGCUGAAUGUUAAACAUGCAGUGUUGUAUCCACUGCAGAAUCUCUUUGUCUGCAAUAACGCCCUCUCUGUGCAGUUAAAGGCUGGAUCUGGUAUCCAUGUGGGACUUACAUGAACAUGAAAUGGAUGAAAUGGCCAAAUGACCAUCAUGGACUUUUGCAAAUCAGAACAGAAAAUGUGUUUUUUGGCCUUAACAUCUAUGUCAAAUCAAGAUUGUUGCAGUAGAGUGGGAAGAAUAAUAUUGAUCAUAAUAAACGUUCGAUAAAUCUAUAGUUCAGUAAAUGGUUUAACUUGGGAGAGACAGAAAUAGGCUACUAUUUAUAAUAGGUUGAUUUGUAACUGUGAUGAUUAUGAUAAUUUUUACAGAGGUUUUUUUUUCUUUCUGAUGUACAUGUUAAGAUGGUGGAACACGUCCCAGUUCUCAUAUCUGGAGGUUCAACUGUAAAUGCGCACAGAGUCACAUGAAGCAGAAACUGUUGCUCUGCUGGACAUCUGACCACCUCCCUCUCUCUGUAUCCCAACCAGUGCAUCAAAAAAGAAGCAGAAUACCUGCUGUGAAUUCACUAAUUGGCACGAGUUUGGUAGGAAAGUAAAGGAUCAUCCAGCUUUUCAACAGCAGCCGUUUUCUCUCUGACGUGAUUCAGUGUGGAUUUACUUUUUAAAUAAUCCCUUUUCUCAUCACAAAGUUAGUUUUAUUUUUUUCAGCAUCGCAGUCUGUCGGUCCAUAUCUGUUGAUAGCUGCAGGGGGAAAAUAUGUGUGAUUUAUUUUGUUUGUUUCUCUUUUUUUUGAGAAUUUGCACUUUCUUGGUGACGAAAAAAAUUGUAUAUGAGACCACUAAAUCCACACAGUCUAAACCAUAUAAUUCCAUUUUUGUGUCAUUUUUGUUUUCUGUUCUUCUUUUUUUAAUAUAUCCAAAAAUGUCUGGCAUCUGGUUGUCUGGUUUAAAGAAUAUAAAAUCUUUCUAUUAAAAACAAUGGUUGCAAA